ACUGAGAAUAAGUUUCCCUUGAAAUAUGGCAGCAUUGGCACAAGACUGUGUACUCUCUGACGUUCAUGUCUCAGAAUCGCAUGCAAGAGAUAUCAAUAAUGACAAUCAUUCAUUACAAACUUGUAAGAAAAUACCAGAAAGAAUUAUUGCAUUAUUGCAAACUUUCAUUUUAUUAUCAUUCUGCAUUAUAAUUCAUAAUAGUAAUAAGUAAUAGACAGUGUAACACUGUCUGUCAGUGUAUGUGAGUUAUGAGUAGUGUAGUAGUAGUAGUAGUAGUAUGUACGACGAGUCACUAUAACUUGUGUGAGUGUACAACUUAUUUUACAACACAACUCUCCUUUUUGGUUCUUUUUUUCUCAAUUAAAAUUAAUAAAAAGUCUAUGGUAAUAAGUAAUAGGAUUGCAAUUGCAGAUUUUCCAUUGGCAUGUGAUUGUGAAAUUAAUACCAGAAAAAUAAUUAUGAAAAACUAGAACACACGGGAUUAAAUGGUAGAUUGACAGGCUUAUUAACUUAUUAUAUUAAGUUACUUUGGUUUUGUUUGGCUCUCUCAACCAGAAGGUUGCCGACCCAUGUUGUAUAAAUAUAAUAUAGUAUCAAUCCAUCCACACAAAAUAAAUAAGUUCGCUUGCAUCAAUGGGAAUGUCUAUAAAAUAUAUUUAGUUUUAGUGUACAUUUGCAUAUUAUCUACAUAAACUAAACUAUGAUAUUGGUCAAAUUUUAUUUUCAGCUCUUAUUGUUUAAGUUAUGGUAGUCUUAUUUUAGUACCCCCAAAUGCUAUCCUAGGCACAAUAUCACCAUGUAGAAUGUAGGAGACCUGCGUGUGAGAGACAAAGGUCAUGCAUAGAAUCUGGGUUAGAAAGAGCACAGCCGCAUGGUACCUACCAAGUGCAGAAUAUAACGCCAGAAACAGGUUGGGAUAUGAUUAGAUGUUGCUGUUAAUUGAUAUGAGGCAAGGGUGGGUUGUUGAAACCCUUGUCAAUGAUUUUUAUCAUACAGCCUUUGAGGGGACUGCUCCUAGUCAUCCCAGCUAUGAUGUGACCUAAUCACAAAGUAGAAACCAUGUAAUGUAUGGAAACACCUAUUAGAGGCUGUCUGUCACCACCCCGGGAUGGGAAGGGGUGUUUUGGGGGACGUUAAAAUAUAUCCAUCCAUCCGACUGCAUGUACUGUGAGAGCAGUCCCACCAGCUUCAUUGAGGAAAGCAAGUGGGCUUUACUCAUGGGCGGAAUACCCCCGAUGUGCCGCUUCACGGCCCGACUAGAAUUACUUGAGGGGAUGAAGGGGUACAUUGGGGAAAACUUAAUAAGCUAUGGCUCGAUAAUUUGCUGUUUUUCUUAAGAAAGCUACUUAGUCUUAUUUUAGUGUCCCAUUGUGUUGAACAUUGAAUGCCUCUCACCAAGUGUGCACAGAAUUAGUGAGUUUAGCAAUUUAAAAAAAAAUUAAUAUUAAACGGGAUGUCAAUGUUUAGCAAUAAAAUUUGCUCUGUAGAUGACUGACCUAAAUUCCUGGCAUAUUUCUGAUAAGUAGACAUAACUAAUAAUUGAAAUGUAUUGACCAUUACUAUUACAUAAAUAUACAUAAAAUAAUAUGUAUUUUAACAGAUGUAUCCAGAUAUUAUUUUCAUGUACAAACUGAUCUCCACCUCAGUAAAUCAGAGGCAACCUUAGACUUAGAGGGAACUAUUUCUUGUUUGCCUUGUCAUCGGUUGAAUUACUCUCCAGCCCAAAUUAUAUUUUUGGAGAAAAAAAGAAAAUUUACCAAAGAGACACUUUUGUUGGAUGAGGAUGGUGAUCAUAUUCUACCACGAAGAAAUAAAAAAAAUAAAACAUUACACCCUGAUCUCAAAAAAACAUCAUUUACUAAAGAACCAUGUGAUCCCAUUCUAUCACAGAAAGAAGUUACUUCUCAUUCCUCUCAAUUACAAGCUGCCUACGAUGUUUCAGAUGUAUCCCAAAUUGAGGAUGAAUUAUUUACAGUCAAACAAUGUCAUUCAAUUGAGCCUACCGAGCCCUUUAGAAUUCAGACAGAGUAUAAGGAUUUUGUUGCAGACUCUAAUGUGUAUUUCACAAGAGAUGUAACUUGUGCUAAUUCAAUUGAGAAAACUGAAAGAGAUAUGCACACUAUUGACAAAUUUCAAAUCAGUAUAGGUAACAUGUUUUUUUGUUUUUUAGUAGUUAUGGACUAAAAAUAAAAGACCACACAAAGAAUAAAUACUUUUAACAUUAUUGAAUUAAAGUAUGUCUUUAUUAAUUUUUUAAUUUUAUUAUUUCUGAUGCUGAUGAUUUUAUUGUAAAACUAUCAUAUCUCUGAAAAAAAUAUUAGUAAUUGGGCUUACAUUAUUAUUUUUAAUUUUAUAAUUAGAGCACAAAAUGGGAACCAUGCUGCCUGAAGUUGGAUUUCAAGUAAGUAAAAACAAGUAUUCGGUAAUGAUUCACUUAAGGCUAGUUCAGUAAUCCAAGAAGAUCUUGUGUGCUUAAUAAACUUAUAUUAAAUUAUAUAUGAUUAUUUUUGUGUGUAAUCCAGGUUUGGUCUGGUGCCCUGCUCCUGUGUGAUUAUCUUAUUCAUAACUGUACAGAACUGGAGGAUAAGCAUGUCCUGGACCUUGGUUCGGGCACUGGAAUCACUAGCAUUGUGGCAGCCAUGUUUGCACGCUGUGUUGUGUGUAGUGGUAAUGUUUUGUUAGCAAUGUAAAAUAUUGAAUUAUUUUAAAUGAUACAUUUGGUGAGUAUAGUUUAUCAUCUUCAAUGAUAGCGCUAAAACAUUUGCAAAUUAUUAAAUUUUACAAUUAUUUCCCAAAAGGAUCCCUACUAAGAAAGCCAUUUAGUUUUAGAAAUAAGAUACACCAGGUUUGUCAUUUAGAAAUGAUGUAAUAUAACUUCAAAUAUAUAUUUUUGUUCCAGCUAAUAAUGUUGUUAGUAGUCUUCAUAGUAGUAAUGUAAAGUAAUGUUUCACAUACAACGACCUGACUAAGAAACAUAAAAAUCUCUUGAUUGCCUCCAUGUUUACUUUAGAUUAUUCAUUCAACCUUAUGGAGCUUGCUGAAAGAAACUGGUUGAGAAACAAAGAUUAUCUUCCCCAUCGACAUUGUUGCAAAAUUUAUUUUAAAGUUUUAGAUUGGACAUGUGAUUAUCCACCAGUGAAAGGUGAGAUUGAAAUGACAUCCAUUUUAAUAAUAAAUUCAAAAUUCAUUUUAAAUGUUCUACAUGAACAGUUGGGAUGCCUUAAUGUUAUAAAAUUUACUAAAUCAUUUUUGUUUCUAGCAAGAUUCAAAGUGUGAAAGAACAUAGUCAAUUAGAUUCACUGCAUGUAUUGUAAGAAAUAGUGUUCACAUUUUUGUAUUUAAAGUGACACUUUUUUUUAACCAUCAAGUACAGGUACUCUUUUUUUUUUCUUGUCUUUAGAAAACUCUUCGGGCAGUAAAUAUCAGAUUACCAAGAAGGAUCUAAAUCUUAUUGAAGAGGCCACCAUCAUUAUUGCAGCAGAAGGUAUUCAUAUAUUAGAAAUUAUGCUCCUAACUGAUAUAUCAGCAACUACAUUAUUUACCAUCAUCCCACAAAAUAGGUACAAUUGUAACUUUUUCUUUUUUUAAAUUGCAAUAACUAAUUUUAGAAGUUGUAGAGAUCUGAAAUUUCAAAAAUUCUCAAAAACUCUAGGUUAGAUUAUGUAGGCCAAAUUUCGGGGGGGNGGGGGGGGGGAAUUAAUCUGUUCCUGAUAUGAAUGGUGGAGUUGGUUUUUACAGCCAAAAGAGGCAGCAUAGUUACAAUUUUGUGCCUUCAUAUAUUUUGUAUGGAAAUGAUACACACAUAAAAAAGAAAUAGAAAAAUAAAAACGAAAGAAUAACUUCUUGUUGUUAACAUUUUAAAUAAUACACUUUACCAGGGGUCAAGGUCUGGGAAAAAUAUUUGUGGGAUCUCCCCCAUGAUUCCCCCUUCCCAAAAUAAAUAUGUAUGGUAUUUAUUUCUUAACCAAAAUUAUAAAGUGCAUUCCUGCUGGACUCAAGCACUGCACUAUAUAGAUUCUAAUUCAAACUAAUUGUAAAUAAAGAUUGGUUUUUAUUUUAUACAGACAUUUUUAAAUACCUGACAGAAACAAUAUGCUAAUUACAAUGAUGGUUGCAGAAAAAAAUAUAGCAUUCUACUCAGAGGAUAUAAUCCAAAGUACACAGAUGAAGCGGCAUUCAAAAGAGUGUUACAUGCUGGCUUUUGUGUACAAAUAGAGUGCCCUGACCGCUCAAGUGAUUAACUCUGCAACCCUUGUGGGACUUUCUGCACUUAUUAUUAAUAUUAUGAAGGACAUUUAAGUAGCACUACACCACCCAUAUGCAUUUUCACAUCUUAAAAAAGGAAAUGCCGUCAUUUCAAAUGGAUACUUGAGGAAGCUAAGCACUAAGAUCUUACAAUAACAAUACAAUCAUUACUUUUGAAAAUAAACUCCCUUCCCAAAUUCUAAGCUGUCAAGCUAACUUUCAGUCUAAUACCAGGACACAGAGAUGUACAGGGAAAUGAGGGAGAAGAUACGCUGUCAAAAAACAGAGCGCAGCCAAAUAUAAAUAACCUGCAUCACUCAACACAGCCUAACAGAUAUAUCUGUGCUGUCAGAUAAGAAGGUUUAAAUGGAUGAGCUAGAAAUUACCAGGGAGAUGAUUGUUUAUAUAAAGUGCCUUCUAAGACAGGAAUAGGUCACAAUCUUCCACCUGCCUGCGGGACACAUCCAACUAAACUCACACAGUAACCACAUAAAAUCAAAUAGAACACCAACAUCCCCCCUCAGCAAACAUCAAUAUAAGAAAGUACCACAUCAUCUCCUGCACUGCCCAGAACACCAACAUCCUCCUCAGCAAACAUCAAUAUAAGAAAGUACCACAUCAUCUCCUGCACUGCCCAGAACACCAACAUCCUCCUCAGCAAACAUCAAUAUAAGAAAGUACCACAUCAUCUCUUGCACUGCCCAGAACACCAUCAUCCCCCCUCAGCAAACAUCAAUAUGAGAAAGUACCACAUCAUCUCUUGCACUGCUCAGAACACCAUCAUCCCCCCUCAGCAAACAUCAAUAUGAGAAAGUACCACAUCAUCUCCUGCACUGCCCAGAACACCAACAUCCUCCUCAGCAAACAUCAAUAUAAGAAAGUACCACAUCAUCUCUUGCACUGCCCAGAACACCAACAUCCUCCUCAGCAAACAUCAAUAUAAGACAGUACCACAUCAUCUCUUGCACUGCACUGAACACCAACAUCCCCCUCAGCAAACAUCAAUAUAAGAAAGUACCACAUCAUCUCUUGCACUGCCCAGAACACCAACAUCCCCCUCAGCAAACAUAAAUAUAAGAAAGUACCACAUCAUCUCUUGCACUGCACAGAACACCAACAUCCCCCUCAGCAAACAUCAAUAUAAGAAAGUACCACAUCAUCUCUUGCACUGCCCAGAACACCAACAUCCCCCUCAGCAAACAUCAAUAUAAGAAAGUACCACAUCAUCUCUUGCACUGCACAGAACACCAACACCCCCCCCCCCUCCUCAGCAAACUACUAUAUGAUGACUUUGUUAGCCUCAUAUGUAGGUAAGGAUCCAACAAUCACAGUGAAUAGCAAAUAGCAGCUUACCAAAAGAUAUGGCAGAGUUUGAGAACCUAUGUAGCAAGCCUAUAACAGAUGGCCUCAGAAAGGUAAAUCUGGCCUUUGGAAUGCUGAAGUUUGUAUGGAGGAUGACCAAUCUGAGCAUAAACAUGGACCAGAAUCUUUAAAAGAAAUGUCUUGAGAGUUCCUGUCUAAGUGCUUGGCACAUUUCUAGAUCACAUUUUUUUUAUAGAGUCAAUACCAAGUCUCAUGGGUUUCUCAACAGGGACAAUAUUAUUCCAUACAAAAUUAAAAUAAGAUUUCAUAAUAAUAAUAAUAAAGUUUAUUUGAAAAACACGCUUCAUCUCUAAAGGCCCGAAGCGCGGUACAAAGUAAAAAAAAAAAAAAAAUCUUUAAUUUGCCACAUUUAAAACAAACGCAACACUGCAAAAACUAAUUACAAGCAUACCAAGUCAAAGUCUUUCUACCCAUUUCAACCCUAAUCAACACAGCCAAUAUGGAUUAACUGGAAAAUAGAAAAAUGGUAGACAAUCAUUUCAUAGGAUUAUGUUUAUACUGGUAUUCUAUAACAAAAUUAACUUAGUAAGUUCAGAUGUUGUGAUAACUAAUUAUCAGUUUUAAGGUUUUUUAAGUGUAUACUUUUUAAAAAUGAUUUAUGUAAGAAAGCAAUAUCCGAACUUAGUUUUUUUGUGCUAAUAAUAACAAUGCAAUUCUGAUACUUUUAGUUGUAUAUGAUGAGGAUCUGACUCGAGCAUUUUUCAAAACCAUUUAUCAUUUGCUGUCAAACUCACCACCAAAGUCUAUAGUCAUGGCACUUGAAAAAAGGUGAUUAGUAAGUAGCAAGUAAAGAAAAAUAACUUUUACUUUCAGAUUUGGUAUCAAAAUUUUUAUGUGCAGUUGUUUGUUUUGUUAGAGGUUGUUACGUAGCAUAAAAUAUAAUUUCUGUUAUGCUCUGGGGUGCUGCUUUGCCUUCGGGUAGGGUAGUUAGAAUGGGGCACUAGACCCAGGUACCAACAACAGGGGGUGCCAAAACCUUCUUAAGGUAGGACAUAAUACCAAUUGUGAAUAAAACGAUAACACUCCAUGUACUUAAAACAAGGGUCCGUUAAAAUUGUCUGCACUGUACUUUUUUUUAAGACCGAGGUCGCCAUUUACAGGCUUUGCCCCACGGUCUGCCCUGGCUUCCUCACAGGGGCACGGGUAACUAUUACACAAUUUUAUUUCCCAUGUUAAUUCUAUGUGAAAUCUAGUGGGCAUGGUGCAAACAGUAUCUCGCUAGAUUAAUCUAUUUGGAGUUAUUUUCAUUAUAUUUGAUGGUGCAUAACAGGUACAGGUAAUUAAGUAUUAAUUAUUAUAUACAUUUAUCGGUAAGAAAAUUUUUCAUUUUUUAAAAUAGAAAAUGAGUGAAAUUUUAAAUUUAAUGAAAUUUCUUGUGUAUAGGAUUGUCUUCAGUUCUGAGAGUCAUCAGAUAUGUAGCCCAGCCUAUGAAGAUUUCUGUGAGAAUUUAGCAGAUUUAACAAGUAUAGAUGAAGGACCUCUCCAUUUUUCAGCAGUCAAAAUAAGUACAGAAUUCCCAGAAUACUUUCACUACAAGAGACACAAAAAUCUUGUAAGUCUUCCUUAUAGUUAUAGCAUCCAUGACAACUUGAUAGAAAAUGAUAUUAAAAUUGUAAUCAUUGGAUCUUACAUUUAACAAGAAGGCCUAGUUGUUUGGGGACUUUACCAGUGAAAUUAUCGACAGUAAAUGACCUGUAUUGUCAUAAAAUAUGAGCAAAGUUGUAUUUUUCCAUUGUCCAAAUUUUUUUUUAUUUCAGGAAUUAUGGAAAAUUUCUUCAAUAAGCAUGAUGUAGUAAUAGUACGGGGUAGCCUCAAAUCUGGCAGAUGGAUUCUACAUCAGUAGUAGCAGUAGCAGCAAUUUUGAAAUAAUGUAUUCAAAAUAAAAUUUUAAAACAUCAGCA